UGGAAAUUAAAUGAGUAUACAAAUCCGCCCAGCAGCAGUGCCUAGCGAAGGAACGCGCGUGCUGUUGAAAUGGUGCUUGUUCAGCUACGCUCAUUACGCUCCUGGCUGCUUGCUAGCGACCGCAGCCUGCGCGACACACUGAACAGCAUCUUUUGGCUGAGUUGUGCCUUAGGGCUCGUUUUCCUACAGUUCCGGCGUCUGGUGGAGCGACUGUUGCGUUUGGGGCGUGUAAAAGGGCGAAAGCAUGGACCGAUUGUACAGCAUCUGUGGAACAUUUGCUUUUACACGAGCGCCACCAUCUUUCUGCUGCUCUACCAGAUGCUGCUGAUCCGUCCGGAAGUUAUGCGAGAAAGUGGCAAAUACUUUCCACAGUACAACAAUGCCAUCUUUGCUACCGCCUGCGAUCCGGCCAAGUUUGAGAUCAUCACAGUCGUGCUGGUAUCGUUCCGGGUGUUUGGUACGGUUGCGAAGCUGUCCAACGGUGACUACUCGGUAGGAUUCUCCAACGCCCUCUGUUCGUUCUUGCUGGUGUAUUGCUUCACGCAGCGGCUUGAGAAUUACAGCAUCCUGCUCAAUCUUUACCUCGCGAUCUACAGUGCGUUCGAGGAAACGUUUCUACUGUACGCUUCGCAAACAGACCAAAAGCACAAUAUUAAGCUGACGGUUUUUGUGCUGCUCAAGUGUUGCACCUGGAGCUAUUUAUUCCUUAAUUUAUUACCGUUUGAGUUCCUUAUACCGACGCUCUAUACUCGCCGGGAGCUGUUUCCGCUCAAGCUAUGCUUCUGGCUUUGGUACUGCUCGUGCGUUUGGAACUCGCCACUGCUGAAGUUGCUGUACCACAAGAUUUACCAUCCACACCCGAACGACUGUGCCGGUGGUGAUUCGGCCGUCCGAUGUAUACUGUCGAACGAUUGGCAAAACUUUCGACACUUCCGUAACCUGGAACAUGCCUACCUCGAGUUGAAGCUGCAUCAAAGCCGCGAAGAUGCUAAUACUGCACCGACUAGCGAAAAAGCCACAAUGACCGCUUUCCAAACAAUCAAAUGUGUCGUAACCUUAAAACGAAAGCUAAAACGUAUGCGCGAAAACAAGGAGCAGCUCGACAAAUAUAAGUAA